UCUCCAUCAAAAUCCCCGACCCCAAAUCCGAAGCCGCCGAACGUCGCUUCGCCGGCGACGCGGAGCGGCCACCUUCCGCCGCCUCCGGCUCCUCCUCCAGUCGUUCUCUCGUCGUACGGAUUAGCGUGGUGUGGGGAUCCAUCCUGGCUGAUUUCCUUCCCUAGGGAGAUGUCUGAUUACCAGAACGUCGUCGGGGGAAGGCUCAAGCUGAAAGGGAAGGCGCUAGAUGUGAAGGAAGGGGGAGUCAAGAAGAAGAAAAAGAAGAAGAACCACCGCGAGGAGUCGUCUGAAGCCGGGCACGGGGAGCUUCAGCAAGGUGGAAGGUCUGAAGUACCAACUGAUCCUAAUGAUCAAUUGACUGAAGCUGACAAGAUGGGAGAGGAAGAGAAUUUGCAAGGCGACUAUGAUCACCUCACACCCGCUGAGCGGCGUUACAUGGAGCAGAAGCAGAAGAUUGACAUGCAGAAGCUGGCCAAAGUAUCCAACAAGUCACACAGGGACCGCAUCCAGGACUUCAACCAAUACCUGGCAAAUCUCAGCGAGCACUACGACAUCCCAAAAGUUGGCCCUGGUUAACGUUCAGAGUCUUACAACAAUGCUUGUAUCCUCUGUUAGCGUGUUAUGCUCUUACCUGUACGGUUCUGAACAUUUGGUUUUGUGUUGUAUUUCAAAAAAAAAAUCAAACCAUGUCUAAUUCAAGUAUUCCUAUUCUGAGUACU